CGUGCGUUCCACGUAGAGAAUUGCUUAUGACAGGUCUCUGCAUAUUCCUAUGCUCUCAUAAUGCCUUGCGGACAGUUCCCACCUCCUCUUCCCUCGCGCUUCUUCUUUCCCCUCCCGCGUUACCUCCACGCCCCGCCGCUCACACUGCCCGCCGGUCCGCGUUGGCCGCCGCGGUCUGCCUGUCCGAGGGAAUGGCUGGAGAGUCCAAUAAAGGCAAGGACAUAGGGGAAAGUUUCGAUGUGCCUGCAACUGAGAAGAAAGAUAAUGUGAUUACUCCAAAGAAGAAGAAGAAAGGGAUAAUAUCUCGAAUUUGGAAUGGACUCUUUAGACUACAUGGGGAUGAUUUUGAGAAGAGACUGGAACACAUCUCAAAGGAAGAAGCUGCUAUUAUUGCUAGAAUGAAGAGGAGAUCUCAGAGUUGGAGGAGAACUGCCAGGAAUGUGAUCAUAUUUUCUGUGAUUUUGGAGGUUAUUGCGGUGGGUUUUGCUAUCAUGACAACAAGAUCAUUGGAAUUAAACUGGAAAAUGAGGGCAUUACGAGUUCUACCAAUGUUUCUUUUGCCUGGUUUAUCUUCUAUUGCAUAUUCAGGACUUGCAAGCUUCACAAAGAUGCGUGACCAGAAGGACCAGAAAACUUUGGAAAGGCUUCGGGCUGAAAGGCAAGAAAAAAUUGAUGAGCUUAAAGAAAAGACAAACUACUACUCUACACAGCAGCUCAUCCAGAAAUACGACCUUGACCCAGCAGCAAAGGCAGCGGCUGCAACUGUCCUUGCUUCUAAGUUGGGUGCAGAUUCUGGCUUGAAAGUGUAUGUGGGAGACGAGUCUAGGCUCAAUUUCCCAAUGGGGAAGAGCAAUGAUGUUGAACUUGCCCAAACUAGUGGGCUUCGUAACCGGAAACAGCCACAGACAAUAUCUGGUAGCCCACGGAGCCCUGCAUUACAACACACCGAUGAAGAAAUGCUCCAUGUCACAGGGAGUGUUCGUCUUGAGACUUCUGAGAAUAAUCCAUUGGUUGUUGAGCAUCAUCAACCAGGAGCAAGCACACACGAUGGAGGAUGGCUUGCUCAGAUUGCAGCAUUGCUGGUGGGUGAGGAUCCAACACAAUGCUUCGCACUUAUAUGUGGCAACUGCCAUAUGCAUAAUGGACUUGCAAGGAAGGAAGACUUCCCAUACAUAACUUACUACUGCCCUCACUGCAAGGCCUUGAAUAGGUCGAACCAUCUUGAAGGUGUUUCUGGUUCUGAAGCACCUACCAUGAGCUCCUCCAUAACAUCAAGCAACGAUAACCCCAUAAACACAGCUAGCCCUAAGACCAGUGACGCGAUAGUUGCUAGUAGCAGCCCAGUAGCAGCUGUUUCAGACACCACCGAAGGAAGUGAAAGGGUUGUAUCCACGGAUCCGGAUCAAGAUCCAGAUCCAGCUAGUUAAAGGCAGGUUUUACUCGGAAUUAAGUAGGUAAGCGAAGUUUUUGCUUUCUCCCUUCCUCCGGGCAUGGUGUUUCAACUAAGAGCUUUCAUGAGCUGGAAAAUUGGAAAUGUAGUGUGUUCCCUUUGUUCUUUUCUCAUUUGUUUUUCGUUUUCAGUCUAGAUUUCUAAAAGAGGGAACUCGUGCUCAACGGUUUAUAGGUAGAUCAUACAGCUGGCCUGGUGUCCUUUGUACCAUCUAGGAAACUGCCUCUUUGGGAAGUAUGUGCUUGUGCUGUGGGUGUGUGAAUGAUGGCUAUGAAGGUCAGUAUAUAUGAGAGGCAGAGUUGGUGGGCAUUUGAGAUCAACCUGUAAAGAAAUACAAGGAUGCUGAUAAUGUUUGAAAUUGCUUUGUUGCUGGUUUUGUGGGGGCCUUUUCUCCUUGUCCCCCUGAGUGUGAAAAAGCGUUGAGAACUUGUUUGAACGCAGGAAAUUACUUUGUCAAGUCGCGUCAAGCUUUUUGUUAGUUGAUCAGUAAUUUUCUAUUUUCCCUUGUAUACCUUUCCCUCUUCUCUCUUAUCACCUUUUCAUUCAUGUCCUCCCUCUUGAAGGACAAGGAGAGCAGUUAGUAAGAUUGAUAAAAAGUUCAAUUUGGCCCUGAA